CAGGCCGGCCGCGCCCCGUUCCCUUGGAGACAGGCAGACAGACAGGCCGAGGGCGGGAAGGCCUCCGCGGGCUUCAGGUUGGGCCCUGUCGUGGGAGAGGCGCCGACCCUGCCCAGGUUCGUGACUGGAGGGAGGCCUUGUGGGCGGAGUGCGUGUGAGGGCGUGAGGAGAGUCGGAAGAAGGCCUUCAUCCAUGACUGUGAGGAGAUCGAGAUCGAUCUCCACACGCACACCCCCUGCCCGCUUCUCCGGGCCUUCGGUGUGGCUCACGCCUCCAACCCCCACCUGGGCUCAAAGGGGGUCCCGAAGGGGUCUCCUAGGCUUGGAAGAGACCUCGCGGCCAUCCAGCCCAACCCCAUUCUGGCCACAUUCAAAGCACCCCCGACAGAUGGCCAUCCAGAGAAGGAGCCUCCGCCGCACUCCCUCCGCCGGGGCAGAGAGUUCCACUGCUGAACAGCUCGCACAGUCAGGAAGUUCUUCCUCAGGUUCAGGUGACUUCUGAACAAGUUAUAUGAAGAACACCUUGUGAGACCUUUGCCCGAGGAGUGCUCUAAGUCUAAAGUGACGUCAAAUUACUCAGCAAUGACAACAAGAAGAAAUAAGUAGUAGAAAGAUAUAUUUCAAGCGACAUACCAGUGGAAUUAACGGGGAGAUAAGAUUGUGCUAAAGAAAGAGAGGCUUGGGAAAGCGAGCAGAAGGCUACAGCAAUACAAACACUGUUCAGGAGGUUAUAUCUGUGAACCUCUGGCAUAAUAUUUGAAUUAUAAUUGUAAAAGAAUGGCAAGUCCUCCACCUCCCUAUCCUAGAUCACACACAGGGGAGAAGUUACAUCAGUGUACGGAAUGUGGAAAACAAUUUGUUAGGAAAAGUUCCCUUACUGUACAUGAACGGACCCACACAGGGGAGAAGCCGUAUAAAUGCAUGGAAUGUGGAGAAAGCUUCAGUCAGAGUAGCAGUCUACGUUCCCAUGAACGGGCUCAUACAGGGGAGAAGCCAUAUAAAUGCAUGGAAUGUGGAGAAAGCUUCAGUCAGAGUGGAAAUCUGCAUUCCCAUCAAAGGACCCACACAGGGGAGCAUCCCUAUAAAUGCAUGGAAUGUGGAAAAAGCUUCAGUCUGAAAAGAAAUCUGGAAUCCCAUCUAAGGACCCACACAGGGGAGAAGCCAUAUGAAUGCAUGGAAUGUGGAAAGAGCUUCAGUAACAGUAAUAAUCUGCGUUCCCAUCAAAAGAUCCACACAGGGGAGAAGCCACAUAAAUGCGUGGAAUGUGGAGAAAGCUUCAGUCGGAGUGGCAGCCUACGUUCCCAUUUAAGGAACCAUACAGGGGAGAAGCCAUAUACAUGCAUGGAAUGUGGAAAGAGCUUCAGGCAGAGUAGCAAUCUGCGUACCCAUCAAAGGACCCACACAGGGGAGAAGCCACAUGAGUGCUUGGAAUGUGGGGAGAGCUUCCGUCAGAUUGGACAUUUGCGUUCGCAUGAAAGGACCCACACUGGGGAGAAGCCAUAUAAAUGCAUGGGAUGUGGAGAAGGCUUCUGUCAGAGUGGCACUCUACGUUCCCAUCAAAGGACCCACAUAGGGGAGAAGCCAUAUACAUGCAUAAAAUGUGGGGAAAGUUUCAGUCAGAGUAACAAUCUGCAUUCAUAGAAUCAUAAAAUUGGAAGUGACCUCAUGGGCCAAGAAGCAGGAAAUUCACAUCUAAGUCAUAAAGAUGUUAAACAGAACUAGGCCCAGGACGGUACCCUGCUGAUGGCACUCCGCUCGUCACUUCUUUCCAGGAUGAAGAGGCAACAUUGGGGAGCACCCUUUGGGUUCAUUGUUUAACCAGUUAUAGAUCCACCCAACCAUAAUUUUGCCUCACCCACAUUGGACUAGUUUCCUUGCCACGAAGUCAUAGGGACCUUGUCAGACGCCUUACUGAAAUCCACGGCGUUCCCCGCAUCUACCCAGCUCGUAACUCUAUCAAAAAAAAAGAUCAGAUUAGUCUGGCAUGAUUUGUUUUUUAUAAAUCCAUGUUGACUAUUAGCAAUGACCACAUUUGUUUCUAAGUGUUUGCAGACCACUUCCUUAAUGAUCUUUUCCAGAAUCUUGCCUGGUAUCGACGUGAGGCUGAAUGGACGGUAAUUGUUCGGGUCAUCCUUUUUUCCCUUCUUGAAGAUAGGGACCACAUUUGGCCUCCUCCAAUCUGCUGGGGCUUCACCUGUUCUCCACGAACUCUCAAAGAAGAUUGCCAGGGGUUCCGAAAUAACUUCUGCUAGUUCCUUCAAUACUCUUGUAUGUAGUUGAUCUGGCCCUGGGGACUUAAAUUCGUUUAAAGCGGCCAGGUAUUCCUGGGUGACUUGUUUCCCUAUUUGGGGUCCUCCUCUGCAGGAGUCUACCGGAUACCAUGCAGCUGUGGACAAGUAUACAUAGGGACCACCAAACGCAGCAUUGCCCAAACACGAGUCAAAGAACAUGAAAGGCACUGCAGACUCACUCAACCAGAGAAAUCAGCCAUAGCAGAGCACCUGAUGAACCAACCUGGACACAGCAUAUUAUUUGAGAACACAAAAAUGCUGGACCAUUCCAACAACUAUCAUGUCAGACUACACAGAGAAGCCAUUGAAAUCCACAAGCAUGUGGACAAUUUCAACAGAAAGGAAGAAACCAUGAAAAUGAACAAAAUCUGGCUACCAGUAUUACAAAACUCCAAAAUCAAAACAGUAGAUGGGAACCAAAACUCUGAGGGCUUGACUGACAAAGGAUGCCCCCAGGCAAGAGACAAAAAACAUCUCCAAUGCUGAUUAGGGUGAUUAACUGAAACAUUAAUGCUGGCUCCCAGUGACAAAGGACCCUUGCCACACCCCAGACUCUACACAGAUAUAUAUAUUCUUUCCUUUCCUUACUUAGUUUAUCCAUACCUCACAUCCUCUGAGGAUGCCUGCCAUAGAUGUGGGCGAAACGUCAGGAGAGAAUGCUUCUGGAACAUGGCCACACAGCCCGAAAGACAUACAACAACUCUGUGAUCCCGGCCAUGAAAGCCUUCGACAACACAUGUGUUCAUGUAAUUACAGUAUAUUAUUUUAGCAGGACUCAAGACUUUAAAGGUAAAGGAUGUAAGGUUUAAAGGUAAAGGACUCAAUACUUUAAAGGUAUGGUCUUGGCUUAUCUUGUGUUCCUCCGACUUUAUACGGGCUUAGGGCUUUAUAGGUAAUAACCAGCACUUUGUGUUUAGCCCAGGAGCGGAUGGACAGACAGUGGUUCUCUGCCUUUAUGGUGCUCCAGAAAUUAACUUGGCUGCGGAUCUCUGAACAGUUGAAGCUUCCGAACUAUCUUCAAAGGCAGCCCCACGUAGAGAGCGUGGCAGUGGUCCAGGCUGGAUGUAACCGGACUCAUUAAUCAGUUGAGAUGGACAAAUUAACUAAGUUGAUGAAGAAUAAAACAGCAUUUAGAGGAAUAGAGGUAAAAAUCAUAUAGUGAAUGAGAUGUUUAUAGACUAGUGUUCAUUGUCCGUUAGUUUUGAUCUUAUUGUACAAGACGUGUGUCCUUGUUCGCUUUAUAUUUGUUAAGUAGUACUUCUAAAAUUGGACCAAAAUGAUAAUUUGUGUAAAAAAAUUCAAUACCAAAAUUGUAAUUUACAUAAGCAUGCUUUAUUUUGUUUCUGUUGUUUUUUUGUCUUUGAAUAAAAAUGGUUUAUUCUA